UACACCUCGGGUACAGCCUACCGAAGAUGGACAUAAUCUGUCAUCAGACAAAACACACAGAAGAGAAAAAGACCCCGGAGACCCUUGUGAAAUCAUCGUACUGAACGCUUUGAUUUUCUUAACUCUUACUAAAAUAAUCGACAGUGAAAUUGGUAACAUUCUCGGACCGACCUUUGAUCAACUGAGUGGGCGUAAACAUGGGUGUACCAAAGUUUUUUCGCUACAUGAGCGAAAGAUAUCCUUGCUUGUCCGAGUUGUUGCGUGAAAACCAGGUGCCAGAAUUCGACAACCUCUAUCUGGACAUGAACGGUAUCAUCCACAACUGUUCACACCCGAACGAUGGAGACAUAAGCUUCCGGAUCGAGGAGGAUGCAAUAUUCGAGGCCAUAUUUCAUUAUGUCGAGUACCUGUUCAAGCUGAUUCGACCGCAGAAGGUUUUCUUCAUUGCCGUCGACGGUGUGGCACCGCGCGCCAAAAUGAACCAACAGCGCGGUCGCCGUUUCCGCUCUGCGCUGGAAGCAACGGAACUGUUGGAAAAGGCGAAGAAGGACGGUGAACCAAUCCCGUCGGACAGUCCCUUCGACAGUAACUGCAUCACGCCCGGGACCCCAUUCAUGGUGCGGCUGCAGCACGCCCUGGAACAUUUUAUUCAAGUGAAAAUAGCCACCGACCGGCUGUGGAAAGCGUGCACCGUGAUACUGAGCGGCCAUGAGACACCCGGUGAGGGCGAACACAAAAUCAUGGAGUACAUUAGGCACGCGAAAGCGCAGCCCGGGUUUAAUCCAAACUUAAGACAUUGCCUGUACGGCCUUGACGCGGAUCUAAUUAUGCUAGGGUUGUGCACACAUGAGCGAUAUUUUUCGUUGCUGCGGGAAGAGGUGAAGUUCGGCAAAAAUGACAAAAAAACGACGGUUCUGAAGGAUAUACGAUUCUAUCUGUUGCACUUGACGCUGUUGAGCGAGUAUCUGGAGCUGGAGUUUGCCAGUAUCCGCAACUGGCUUCGGUUCCCGUUUGACAUACACAAGCUGAUCGAUGACUGGGUGCUGAUGGGGUACCUAGUAGGCAACGAUUUCAUUCCGCACAUACCACAUCUGCACAUCAACGAAAAUGCACUUCCCAUUUUGUACAGUGCGUACAAGGAUGUGCUGCCCGAGAUGGACGGAUACAUUAACGAGGGCGGAAUACUGAACCUUCCCCGGCUGCAGUUGUUCAUGAGACGUUUGGCGCGCGUUGAUCGGGACAUGUUUCUCGAACGCUACACCGAGCUUAAAUAUUUGGAGGACAAGUGUGGUAAAAACAAUUUGGAAGCGUUCGAUGUGAAUGCAGAAGAGAUUAUUGCGUCGCGGGAAAUGGACAAAGACUUGGUAGCACUGAUCAUGUCGUCGGAAAUGUUGGAUUCCGAAGGGGAAGACGUCGACGAAGGAGGACCAGUCACGCAGGAUGAUAUAGAGAAUGACCCGGAACUGUUUGAGAAGGAGUUCCACAACUACAAACGAAAUUAUUACAUGACGAAGAUGGGAUAUGCGGAUUUCACGGAGGAGGUUCGGGCGGAGCAAACCGAAUGCUACAUCCGAGCACUGCAAUGGACGCUCCAUUACUAUUAUCGAGGCGUCGUAUCAUGGUCCUGGUACUACCCUCACCAUUACGCACCCUUCAUCAGCGACGUGGACAACUUUGCCGAUCUCAAGCUGGAGUUUGAAAUGGCACGUCCGUUCCUACCGUUUCAGCAGCUGCUUAGCGUGCUGCCUGCGGCCAGCAAGCAGCAUUUGCCACCGGCCUACCACGAUCUCAUGAUCAACCCGAACAGCUCGGUGUACGACUUCUAUCCGACCAGUUUCACCACUGAUCUGAACGGUAAGCAACAGGCAUGGGAAGCGGUCGUGCUGAUUCCGUUUAUCGAUGAGAAGCGACUGCUAAAAGCGAUGGGUCCUUGCGAUGCGUUCCUUACGGACGAGGAGAAACAGCGCAACGUGCAUGGGCCAAUGCUGCAAUAUCAGUACGAUGCCGAGCAGAGGACACCACUAGAAGCAAGGUACGGAUUUUCGCGCAUCGACGUGCUGCCGGUUAGGCGAAGCGAAAUAUGGCGCGAUAACCUGCGCGUGGCAGAAAGCAAGCUGGUGCUGGGACCGUCCAAGGGCGCCAUACUGCACGGGUACGCGAAAGGAUUCCCCACGUUUACCCAUUUACCGCAUCACGGCGAACUGAGGCACAUGGGAGUGAAGAUUUUUAACUUUCCCAGCAAGAACGAGAGUAUGGUGGCUGUGCUGGAUACACCGGCUACACCGGCUGACCAACCGGGCACAGAGGAGCUGGCCAAAAAGUUGUUGGGCAAAAUCGUGCACGUCAGCUGGCCCCAUUUAAUGGAAGCGAUCGUUGUGCGGGUGUCGGAUCGAUCGAAAACGUACGAGUGCAACAGCGCACCAUCCAAAAGCGAUGAACGAUCGUUUCAUCUGUCCUGUCAUGGGAUUAAACAGCACAAUAGUAAUCGCCUGGCAAUCGAUGUGGGGCCGAUCACGCAGUUAGUGCACGUAAAAAUUGCCAUCGGUACGGAGUAUGUGUUGCAGGACUAUGGUUUCGCGCUGAAGAAGCUGUGGAACAACAUUGACAUGGCGUAUCCGGCGCAGGCCAUUGUUUGCGACUUGCAAGACGUGAUGAAGCAAGAGAAGUCAUAUCUGGACAUGAAGGAAAUGUUUCCGUCGGACUGUGCGGUAUUCUUGCGGGCGACCGAGUUCUACGGCAGCAUGGGAAGCGCGGUCGACUUUUCGGCCUCCACGAACCGUUUGCAGGCGCGGUUUUUGGUGUACGAGGAACCCGAUAUGUCCCCGGUGUUUUACACGCAUCGCCAAACGUUGCAGAACUACCGGAAUGUGAACGAUACGGCUGCAACGCUCGGCAUAUCGGUGGGCACUUUGUUACAGCUGACGGGUUCGUUGUUGGUGGCGCCGGGCGGACAUCGUGCGCUUAACGUAGGCGAGAAAACCGUCAAUAUAGGGCUGCGGCUGCGGAUGAUGUCGAAGGACGAAGAAACGGUCGGUUAUUGUAGAAAGGUCAACAAAACGUGGCUGUUUUCGGACAAGACGGUGGCGCUGGUAGAAAAGUAUCUGGAGCAGUGUCCCUCAUUACCCGAAAAGAUCAAUUCCCACGGCAAAGGAAAGUAUAUGUUCGAGACGGAUUUGUUCGGCGAAGGGAACGAGGGCAAGCUGAAGGAGCUGAGCGAUUGGCUUAACAUGCAGGACCACAUGCACGCAGAACGACGCAGCUGCGGCAUUGUAGCGCUGGAACAGCAGGCUAUCGCAAAGUUGAGCGAGAUUGUGGACAAGUAUCAAGAGCUGCACCAACCCACCGUGAAAACCAUGUUUGUCGAUCCAAGGGAACUAUAUCGGCCCGGCAUGAAGAAGGCGAGGACGAUUGAUCCGUCGGCUUCGUUUGAGCUGCUCGAUCGUGUGAUCGUCGUACAGGACGCGGAAGAUGUGCCGGUCGGCGCGCGCGGUACCAUCAUCGGUAUGCACCGCGUGUCGGAUCCCAAUCCGGUGCGCCGCGAAGCUAUCGGGCAGGUGGACGUGAAUUUAGAAAUAUUAUUUGACAAACCGUUCUACAAGGGCGUUAGUAUUUACAACAUACCCAACACGGAGAAGCGUGUGGCGCGCCUUGUGCAGGGCGCCGUGUUGAACAUUUCAUAUGGUAAAGCAUUGCAUGGUUACCGUUACAAUGUGCAGUGCGAAAGUAACCUCUCUGAGGAGGUGCAAGCAAUGGUGGCAGCCGCAACAGACACAAGCAUAGGAUCGAGCGACUUUACGGCAAAGAUGGAUUCCAUUCAGAAACGCCUGAAUGAACGCGUUGGCAAGCGUACCAACGCUUGGAACGGUGCUCCAGUCAGCGUACCAACAGGGUCGGCGGCGUAUCAGAGUACAGGCACCCAGAAGGAGGCAACGGCCACCGAACAACCGAGAAAGGUUGAGUUUGAACGGCUGUGGAAAAAACUAAAGGAAUCGUCCAAUCAUUCUACAGCUUUGUUUGAUGAUAACGACAUUGAAAGCUUUGUUCAAUCGCCCCGCCAAAUCUCAGGCGUUCAGAACAACGGCACAAUCAAUGAACGAUCAACGGUAGAAAAACCUUUGACGGCUUUGAGUGGGAGAGGGAAAGGUGAGGCGGUCACCAGCAAUGGUUCCAAGCGAGUUGAACAGUGGAGUGACGACAAUAUGGCAGGAUAUUUGAAGCAAAUGCUUCGCAUUGACGAUAAGCGGGUUGAGGGCAAGGAUCAAGUGGUUACUCCGCCAGCGAGCAUUGCCGUGCCUGCACCAGCCAGCCUGCCGAAACCACCGAUUCAAUGGCAAACGAUGUCCUCAUCGAAAAGUGCUUCCAAGAGCGGACAGGACUGCAUACACGACCAGCACAUACCACAGAUAGCACAGCCUGUCCAGGGUCCAUUGGGUUUCAGACCUAUGCUGGGUCCACCAGCCCAUUUUCCGAAUCACCACCAGCAGCAACAGCAGCAGCCGCCGCCGCCGUUACAGCUCGGGCCGAGGCACAUGCUCCCGGGGUUCGCUUUGGCGGGGGUGCGUAUGCCGAAUCAGCACCAUCAUCCGUUCGGUGGAUUUCAGCAACCACCAUUCCAUGCCCAGCGUAUGUCCAUCCGGCCUCCCAUGCCUUUUGCAAAUCGCAUGGAAGUAGGCAAAAUACAUCAGCACCAUCAGCAAGAGCAGCACUACCGACAGCCCCAACAAACCCUACAGCACCACCAGCAGCAGCAACCCUCGACAUGGGGUCCAAAAGGACCUCAGCAUUUGACGUACAACCAGAAUAAUCCAGCUGGGAAAGGCGCAUUUGUGCCUUUGCAGGCAAUGAAAAAGACUGCCAAGAGUAAGGCGGGAACUGCUUUACAGAAGCAUAAUAACGAUACUGGCACGCCUUCCGCCAACAAUGAUAGUUCGGCUGGGAGCAAAGAAGUCAAGCAUCAUCAGCAAGUCGCUGUUGUGCAACCGGCUGCUAGCAACAGCACCAGCAGCUUCAAUGAGAAGAAUGCCCGCCGGCGGCAGGAGGUAGAACAGAAACAGGCGGAAGUGAAGCAAGGGUUUGCUAGCUUCCUCUCACAAAAAUCGGACACCAAGCAGCUAAAGAACAGGCAGAAUAGUGUGGCCGCGGGCAAAAAGGUGCCGGUGGCGGAUGCAAAGGAUAACGACGACAAGCAUGGUGGUGACACUACCGUCGUCAAGAAUGCCAAAUCUAGACCAAAAACUCGGAUCGCUGCACGGUUUGGUGAAAUUCCUGCCGAUGGAUAAAAAAAAUGAUAUGCAAGGACACGUGCGUUUUGGCUUGCUCCAGCGUAAAAUGUGCAAACUUUAAAGUGAUGUAUCUAAUGUGCAUCGUAUGAGGAGAUUUUUAUGUACAGACAGGUCGUGCUUUACAUUGAGAUUGAUUUUUACAUGACUCAACUGAAGGAAAAUGAUCACAACUACCUUAGCUUUAUGCAAAAUUAUCACCAUCCAGAAGAGGGGGAAAAUAGAUUAGCCUGAUUAAGUUUCUUACUCACCUCCCGAACGAACGUUAGGGGAUUACGUACAAAUGGUUGUGUAUUUUUUUUAUUUACAGAUUUAUGAAUUAGGACUCUGAGCGUCGCGCAGUUCUAAAGACUGCACUGCUGAAAAAUAAAUCUACACUUCCAAAUGGGAGACUCGAUAAGAGA